AUGAAGCCAUCGACGUCGUGCGAGAGCUCAAAGUUUCACGCUCUAUAUAUCAUCCAGGACAGUCAAGUCAAUUCCAAGUGGCUUGAAGAAUCGACCCGGAUGCACCAUAUAUAUGGCGGCAGUUAUCUAAACAUUGCUGCCAGCAGCGCCAAAGGCGCGAAUGAAGGGGUUUUCAAGAAGGAUGACAGGGAAGAGACACAUAUAUUCUAUCGCGCCACGGCAGUCCUCGCCGCCACCGUUCGAACCCACCUAGACACAAGGGCCCGGGCCUUUCAAGAAAGGUUAUUGGCGCCCAGAACGGUGCACUCUGGAGACUGCGGUAUCUUCUUCGAAUGCGGAGCUUCUUUGAAGUUGCAGGAUGUACCAGUCGGCGCUCCACUUUAUAAAGAAGAUGAUGUUAUCACUUGUACCGGAAGUCGUGCCAUGGGAGUGGUGUGA